AUGUUGAUACCGUUCCCUGUGUUUGGUAUCGCAUCCGAACAAGAAGCGACCAGCUCCCUUGCUCCUUGGCUGCUCGUUUGGCUUUCCCUUCGUCCUCCCGAGGCCAGACGAGAAAGCCCCGACGAUGCCGAUGAAGCCAGCGCUGUUCUCGUCUGGGACUGGCCUGCGAACUGCUCGCUGCCACCUGCUGCGGGAAUGCGGGGUAGUGGGUAUGCACGGACCAUGAUACGCUCUACGGAGUAUGGGCGAAAGACCCAGUUAAUCCGCUUAUGCCAGGGCAGCUUCACCACAGUCACGCUCUCAUCCCGUGAGGCAAUAGCCAUGGUUUCCUUUGUAUCACCAAAUCAGUCUUUCUUGCCUGAGACUUCUCCCCCCGGACUACCUAGUUUCGCUCCCCUGUGCUUGCCAAACAAGCGCACUUGGCGCCGGGAUUCGCGUGUGAGGAGAGCUGUCCCGACUCCCGCGAAUGGUUUUAAUUCCAGCUCUCAAGACUGGCUGGGCUCGAAUAUCAUCUAUGCUGCCCCCAGCAACAUGAUUGGUUUCACACCCUCGCCACUUGCCCUCGACUCACCUUGCCUCACCGAAACGACGUCAAAAUGCCAUACGCCUCGUUGGAUCCCCCGCCAUGUCUUACCGAGAGGCAUCUUGUUGGAAUUGGGAACCACUGAGCUCGCUCAAGAUAUUGGGCUUGUUGUCUCUCUGGCAGUCAGCGUACGGACUACCGCUACUAGUGCUAACUCUGAUAAGCUCCUUCCACCCCAAGGACCUUAUUCCCGUAUCAUCUCCCACAUUUCCAUGUUCGAGCUCGAGCCCAAGCAGAAGACAUGUGAAGCUGUUGAGCUACCGCAGCCCUGCAGCAUCCAUCCAAUUUGGUCCCCAACGAAGCGGGAUCGUCUGCAACGGCGAGCCACCCUCGGCCCUCAACCGCUGGAAGAUACGGACGACGCAGCCAUACCAACGCCUUGGGCCAGCCAUCCCUUGCAAUCUGGCAGAACCUCCAAACUCUAUCCUUCGCGGUUCAAGACAUUGGGGAAGAUCCCCCUCCGAACAGACACGAAUCAGAUUUCAUUGAUUCAAAGAAAACACCGCACAAGCCUCUCUUUCUUGGCUCAUAUCGGCGUCUUCAACAUUUUCGCCCCAACGCUCGUGCGCCACUUUGCUGUUAUUCCCGAAAGCUCGGUAACCCGCCACGGCACUGGUGGAAAAACCACGCAGUUCCACGAUCCAUCCAUUUGCCGGAAAUUCGUCCCGAAUGAAUCCGAGCUCACCAUCCCCGGUCCGGAAACGCGAAACGGCAUCUGUGUCAAUGAGUCAAUCUGCUUCUUCCAAAAAGGAACCAAAUCAAUAACAUGGAAUAUGCACCUCGGCCUUGUAUUCCCUGGGGCGGAAAUGUCAGGAACCUCAGGUACCGCCCCGUCUUCCCAACCGAGCAAACAUUCUAGCGCUCACUUCCAUGCGCGGCCCCUCCAUCCCGCGGGAUGA